AACGUUGGCAAUGCGGUUUUUGGCGUGACUUCAAAUCUUCCACCACGUCACGAUGAUAAAGUCGAGACGCGGCGCUGUCUGACUUUUGCUCCGCGCGCAAAGGUCACAGUCGCGCUUGUGAGACUCUUACGAUCUUGAGCUGCGUCUCUCGUCCUUCAGUCCCAGACCAUGAACUACGUGGGUCAGCUGGCGGAGACCGUGUUCGUGACGGUGAAGGAGCUGUAUCGCGGCCUGAAUCCGGCCACGCUCACCGGAGGCAUCGACGUCAUCGUGGUGCGGCAGCCGGACGGCAGCUUCCAGUGCUCGCCGUUUCACGUGCGCUUCGGGAAACUCGGGGUCCUGCGCUCCAAAGAGAAAGUGGUGGACAUUGAGAUCAAUGGAGAGCCUGUGAGUCUCCACAUGAAGCUGGGAGAUAACGGAGAGGCGUUCUUCGUGGAGGAGAAUGAGGAUUUUGAGGUCUCUCUCUCCUCUCACCUCUGCUCCUCUCCGAUCCCCACCGACGUCACAGAAGUGUCAGAGAUGACCGAGUCUCCCUGCAGCGUCACGUCCUCCUCCAGCCGCCGCAAAAAACGCCGCAGGAAGCGAGCGCAUCUGCGUGAGGAGGCCAGCUCCUCCUCAGACGAGAGGGAGAGCCUAGAUCAAGACGUCCUUAAAGAAGAGUCGCUUUUGGCAGGUAGUAAGUCAGUGUACUACUCGCUCUCAGAGGAACCCUACGAGGAACCGCCUGGAGCUCCGAGCAGAGACGUUCAUCCUCACUCUGACGGAGAGUGUUCUGUUAAUGAGAGUGUGUUCUUCAGUCGUCCCUCGUCUCCUAAGAGUGAUUCAGAGUUGUGUAAGCCGCAGGAGUCUCUGGGGCCUCAGAUGCAGUGGAACUGGGGCGCUUUUCCCAAGGUGUGUCCGGCAGAGAGGGAUGAGUCUGAUUCGCUGCGUGAUCCGCCCAUCACACCCUCUGGCCACUCCCACUUCCGCACCAUCCAUCGACAAGCAUCCAUUGAAGUGGACGGCUCUGACUCUACAGCGACGGUGACCGUGCUGAGACCCCAACCUCAGAUUGCAACGACCAGCUCUGUUCCUUUAGAUGACGCUCACGCAGUUGUUUCAUCUUCAGUUAACACACACCUGGACGGCAAGGUCACCGAAACACACACAAUGACCUUUCAGUCCACGGACGACUCCUUCCCACAGGCCUGGACUGCUCUGGAAAACGCAGAGACCAAAGACUUAGUUAGCAGCACAGACAAUCACGCUAUGACCAGCUCUACCGACACAAUCCACGGGAGCAGUUCUAGUUUAGAUGCCGUGGCUCUCGUGGGAAGCCAAGAAUCCUGGGAUGAGAACAACGUCUCGCUCGCAUCCCAGAUCCAAACCAUCGCGUUCGAUGAGGCCCAAUCAAAUACGGUUUUGGAAGCGGAAACGGAGUUGAACUCCAUGGUCACUGUUUUACCGAAACACCAGAGCUCUGUGGGAGACUUGGAGGAGGGGGCGGGGUUAGAGGCUUCACAGACCAAUCAGAACGCAGACAGUGUCGGAGUGACGCCAGCUCUGGAGUCCUGCAUCAAAUCAGAGGAUUCCAUGCUUCCUGAGUCCUCGAAAACAGCAGACUCUCAGGACAAGAGGAAAGUCAAGAGGAGUCAUCAUUUAGGACCAUCUGAUAUCUAUCUAGAUGACCUCUCCAGUCUUGACCCUGAAGUUGCUGCCCUCUAUUUUCCAAAGAGUGAGACCGAGUCGUCAGAUCAGCGCUCCGCUCACGGGCCGGAUCCGUCUCCUCCCUCGGAUCAGCUCUCUCCUCAGUCUCUGGGCAGCGCCAACGCAGACAGCGGCACCGAGUACCUGUCCGACUCCACCACAGACGCGCUGGACGUCACCAUGUCUCUGUGCGGCAGAGGAGACAUCAGUCAGAUCAGUAAAGAAAAGUUCAUGGAGCAUCUGGUCAAGUUUCAAGACUUUGUCGACAACCCUGGAAUUAUUGAAGACCCAAACCUUGUCAUCUGCAUCAACUCAAAAUAUUAUAACUGGGCCGUGGCAGCGCCAAUGAUUCUGUCUGUUCAGGCUUUCCAGAAGACUUUACCAAAGAGCACCAUUGAGCAACUGGUCAAAGAUAAGAUGCCAAAAAAGUCUGGCCGCUGGUGGUUCUCCUGGAGGAGGAGAAAUCUGAACCACGUUGAGGGAGGCCAGAAGUCUGAUACAGAGGGAAACCAGCUUGAAGCAUCUGCCGCUCUCGCUGGACACUCUCCACUGAAUAAAUCUGAACUCUCGAGCGAUGAGGACGGCUCGGUCUCCUCGAGGAAGAACAGCGAGGCGGUGAACACGGCGCAGUGCAUCAGUCAGAUGUACCGCAAAUCCCUCCGGCUGACCUCGGAGCAGAUCGAGAGUCUGAAUCUGCGUGAAGGAGCUAAUACGGUGGUCUUCAGUGUGACCACGCAGUAUCAGGGCACCUGCCGCUGUGAAGCUGCCAUUUACCUCUGGAGGUACGACGACAAGAUCGUCAUCUCGGACAUCGACGGGACCAUCACCAAGUCAGACGCUCUGGGGCACAUUUUACCACAGCUGGGGAAAGACUGGACUCAUCACGGCAUCGCCAAGCUGUAUCACAAAAUACAUCAGAACGGUUAUAAGUUCCUGUACUGCUCGGCUCGAGCUAUAGGCAUGGCAGACAUCACUAAGGGUUACUUGCAGUGGGUUAAUGACCGAGGAACGGUUUUACCCAAAGGACCGGUGCUCCUGGCUCCCAGCAGCCUGUUCUCAGCCUUGCACAGGGAGGUGAUUGAGAAGAAGCCGGAGGUGUUUAAGAUCGCCUGUCUCACUGAUAUCAGAGAUCUGUUCAGUCCAGUCAGGCAGCCCUUCUACGCCGCCUUCGGCAACAGAACUAACGAUGCAUAUGCGUAUAAGGAGGUUGGUGUACCUGAGACUCACAUCUUCACUGUGAACCCCAAAGGAGAACUCAUACAAGAAAAGACCAAAGGAAACAAGUCCUCUUACUCUCAUCUCAGUGAGCUGGUGGAUCACGUCUUCCCCUUCAUUUGUAACGAUCCCGCCGCUUCCUUCGACUGUCCCGAGUUCAGUCACUUCUCCUUCUGGAGGACGCCUCUGCCUCCGCUGGACCUCGCUGACCUGAUCUAGCGUCCUCUCUUUCACCCGCUCCGUUAACAUGAGCCGAAUGUCUCUGCUGUAGCGUCCGAACACACGCAGACACGCACAACCACACAAACACAACGAGCAAAGCGUGACACUACACUGAGAAACUCUUAUGACGCACAGAUAGAAACGAACACAUUCAUCUCAGUGCCUUCGUAUAAACCUGCCCUCUAUGCCUGUAGCACUAGUCCGGGGUUUUUAUGAAUGCAUGUUCAUCCAGGUAAUGGCAUAUCAGUCUUUCUGGGGUUAUUUCUAUAAUAUUAUGUGUUCCUUUUUAAAAAAACCUUUUUUUACUUUUUCUGAGUGGUUGGUUACUGUAAGAGUGUGAGUUUGUUUUAUCAGCAGAUACUUCGUACGACUGAAUUGCAUUUUUAUUUAUUUUGAACAUUCAAACUGAGAUAAAACAGACGGUCUAUAUAUAUAU